UGCCACAGGUUUGUAUGCAAUUCCAGAAGGGACAGCAUGAGCUUGUGAAGAAACUGACAGGGAGAGCUGGACACUCACUGGUAUGACUUCCCUCAGGUCCCCAGAAGGGCAGCGCCGCCGAGUGAGAGAUGACCCUCCCCAGGCCAAGGUGGGGCAAGCAGCUGCUGUUCCUCGGAAUCAUGCUCCUCGUGGCUGUGGCCAUGUCCCUGCUGUUCUACGCUCUCCUCUGGAAGGCCGGCAACCUCGUGGACGUGCCUAACCUGAGAAUCGGCUUCUACAACUUCUGCCUGUGGAAUGAGAGCGCCGGCUCCCUGCAGUGCCACCAGUUCCCUGAGCUGGAGGCCCUGGGGCUGCCUCGGCUCGGCCUGGCCCUGGCCAGGUUGUGUGUGUACGGCGCCCUGGUCCUCACCGUCUUUGUCCCCCUACCGCUCCUCCUGGCCCACUGCAACAGCAGCGAGGGAGAGUGGCACCUGGCGGUGAGCUUCCUGGCGGCCGCGUCUAUGCUGCUGGCCGGCGGCCUGGGCCUGUUCCUCAGCUACACCUGGAAGUGGAUCACGCUCUCUCUGCUGGGGCCCGGGUUUCUGGCUCUGGGUGCUGCCCAGGCCUUGCUAAUCCUCUUGCUCAUAGCCACCGCUGUGUUUCCUCAGAGGGCAGAAGAGCGCAAGCGCCAGCCUGAGAGCUGCUAG